GUGUAAUAGUCAGCCAAAGUUUUAUGUUCAGUAUGUUUCCGCAUCUUAGCUUAUCAAAAUGUUUGCUUCUGUGCCUUGGUCUUUAUGCUUAUUUCCUUACCAUCGUUCAGUCUGCUCAAUACAGCCCAGUGCUUAGAAACUCUCGAAGUAAUAUCUGCCCGACGCCGUUCUUUACCAAUGGCAUAAUCCGGAUGCGAUUUCGUGGAAAAUUUCUGCUGUUUGUGUGCGACAAAGGAUACACCUUGGUAGGUGAAAAAUAUAUGUCCUGCAAAAAUGGACGAUGGGCAACGGCUCCACCGAUUUGUAUCAAACCGGGAUGCAGUGAACUUCCUACACAGGACAAACGAAUCAUUCUUUACGAGAAUGGCAACGCUACGGCAACGGUUUUCUGUCAAAGUGGAUAUGAGGUUGCCGGGUCUCUGUUCAGCUAUUGUAACGGUACCCACUGGGAUCGAUCGAUUGGAGUUUGCCGACAAACAAAGAUGGCCGUCGAAACCGGAUGUGACUUUGAGGUGACGGGUCUCUGCGGUUGGACAAACGAAGCAUCACAUGGAUUCGGAUGGAAGAGAAGUGCCGGUGUCAAUACAAGGAAGGAUCUGAAAACGGGACCGAAAGCUGAUCAUACUACUGGUGUUCCUUUGGACGGGCAUUUCAUGAUAAUCGACUCCAGUGAGCAAUAUACGAAUGCCACUGCUCGCAUCUUCUCGCCGAUCUACCCGGCCAAUUACAGCAUUAAGGCUUGCUUCCAGUUCUUCUAUCACCUGUAUGGAGAUACCGUUGGAAAACUUGUCAUCUACGUCAAACCAAUCACAAUGCAAAUGGAUCGAAUGUUCAAAGAAGGCCGCCAUUUCUCGAUCGGCGAAAACCAAGGCAACAGCUGGCAUCCGGGUUACUUUGAUUUGAAACCACAGUCCGAAGAUUUCCAGGUCGUAAUCGAAGCGUCCCUGGGAAUGCGAUUCAAAAGUGACGUAGCAAUCGAUGACGUUAGCUUGCUACAGGGAGACCAAUGUCAAAGUAACAGCAACGUUACGGACGCUUACUCCACCGAGAGCUACGAAGAAUCCUACCCCGUUUACAGGAUCGACUCCUGCGAAAAUCGAUGCAGGCUAAACACCACUUUGAUAAUCGAAACUCAGGAUAUCAUUCAUUGUGAUUGUUUAGAAUCGUGUGUCGAAAGUAAGACCUGCUGUCCAGAUUUCAUGGAAAUUUGCGUCUUCAAUGUGCAAGCCAAGGAAGAUGACACGGCGGCGUUAUUCGAUAACGAUUCAGACCCAACUUCAGACUCAAACCAAUUGAGUCAUUCCACCGUUUAUUUACUAUCGAUAGGAAGCAUCCUGAUGGUUAUGGGUUUGGCUUUUAUCAUUGUGCAUAGUCGUAAAAACUCAUCGGUUGUUUUCUACAUCUGGAUAAAGAACAAAAUAACUUCUGGUGGUGAUCGGAAUGGCCAUCAGAUGGAAGACAUGCGCUUUCUUGCGGUCAACGAAGAACUCGAGGAUAGAGUAACGGAAGAGUGCCAAACGGAAAACGUCGUCAAGAAACAAAUCGCUUGCAUUGCUUAUCAACAGUAGGCGAUAAGUACUGCGAGGAAACAGGGACUGUUUAAAUUGCAUAACAACGAGCGGAAGUUAUUGUUAGACUUACUACAAGUAAAUAAAUUAAGGGCUGAAAAAAGGACUGAAUUUUCCAAAAAACUCAACCGAUUUUCAUAACAUUCGUUUUUAAAUUGUUCAAAUGUCAAGGUGUCUUUAAAAAUAGGUGUUUUGCCACAAGAAUAACUGAUUUUCCUGAAGUCAUAUCGGAAAACUUUUUAUUGAUUUGAAUUUCAGAUAGUUUAGAGUUCAUGUUGAAAUAAUUAAAGUGCUUGAUAUUACAGACCACAGCUGAUAAUUCGAUAGUUAGUAAGAUUUACAAAUAUGUUACAACUAUAAUUCAAUGAGAAUCAUGGAAUUUUGAUUAAAAAAUACCUUUUCAAUAAAACAGAAUACAAUAAAGAAAUUCGGAAAACAAAAAGAAGGCACAGGCCGUUUACGUGUGAAAAAGUAGAACGGGUUCCGGUAGCUUCAAGACUACACAAAGCAUUUUCUAAAAAUCACUCCUGAACCAAUUACUAAAAGAAGAAUCUAGUGACGAAAAAUCAUUUCCCAGAUUAAGUAGUCGUUAGUUCAAACGUAAAUGAUAUCUAUACAGGGUGGCCACAACUUUUUCAUUUUGAAAUCUCCGGUCAAAAAUUCAAAGUUUUUCCAUUGUCCAUUUUUGUCCGCAUAUAGCAAAAUUUUCAACUUAUUUAAUUGAUUUGGUUAUUUCGUAACAAUCAAAUCAUUGAACACUUAAAUUAAUUCGACUCUAUUUUAAGGUUUUCAUCACAUUUUAUAAAAA